GCCAACUGGACUGCAGAACAUGGCACAUCAUGCAGGAUUUCUGAUUUGGAUGAUCCUGUCAUCUUACUCAAAUGUGUCCUGUAUCAAAUAUGGAAAAUACAAGUUCACCAUCUUCUCCUUGAAGGACAUGGACAUGUCACCUCUGCCAAGAACAAACAAAUAUGUCAUCAUGGAUGAGAAUGUUACGCUGCUGGCCCAGGUGACUCCCGUCCGCGGCCUGGACGACUCGGUCAACUCUCAGCUGGUGGAGCACUUCUGGCUGCUGGGCGCGACGCCGCACAUGACGCUGCGCAGCAUGCACCGCGUCGUCCAAAUGCCGUUCUCCAUGGGGCUGUACCGGCGCGGCUCGUUCGUGGCCUGGCGCUGCCACUUCCGGAGGAGACAGCUGGCUGGGCGCACGGCGAGUGACGGCAUGGCCCAGUGGAGCGCGGAGCUCGUCCUCUCCCGCGGCUCCGGCUUCCUCUCCACCAGCGCCUCCAUCACCGACAUCCGCUUCGCGCCGUGGCGGUUGUGGUCGCUGGGCCCGCCGGUGGCGCCCGCGACGGUGGUGCCACACGUCGGCCGGCUGCGGUACCUGCAGGACUCUUGCGGCGGCGACCUCGGCCUGCUGUACGCCGUCACGUCGCCCAGCAAGCCGGGCCUCUUCGUGGCCACGCUGAUCGGCAAUCGGGUCACGUGGUAUGACCUGACCGCGAUGGACCAGCUGCGCUCCACCUUCAACGACUCGGAAGGCAUGCCCCAUGACCUGAGCCUGACCAGUGCGGCGCUGACCUCGGCGCACCUGCUGAUGCUCACCUCUGACGGCGUGAUCGUCACGUCGUCCUUCAGCGACCCCGGGGGCAACUUCACCUUUACCCGGCUCCAGCUGCGACGGAACAACAGUUCCGCAGCUGACCGGGCGAAAGACGAGCUGAUCCACUCCCCGUCCUGCGUCAACGACGACGCCAACGCGGAUUCGGUGCUGCUGCUGCUGCACUCGGAGCAGCGCUACCUGCUGGGGCGGGCGCCGUUCGCGCGCACCGACGCGUGGCAGGACGUGCGCUCGCUGGUGCCGUGGCCGGCCGGGCUGGCCUCCGUCAGCGACGUCCGCUACGUCUGGCACCGGAACGCCGUGUUGCUCGGCUUCGCGCAGGGAGACCAGUACAAGACGCUGGUGCUGCCCCUGGAGAAGACCGGCUACCGAAAGCGGCCGCCGUCCAGCGAGCACGUGACCCGGCCGUUCGUCUACCUCUGCCCGCUCACCAAGAAGGUGUACCUGCUGGCCGGUCAGGUCCUCGUCUCCAUAGACGGCGGCGCCACGUUCGAACGUACCCUGACCAACGUGACGUUUGGUCACGUUGAGAACUGUUUCACCGACCUCAUCCACCACCACAUCUGUGUCACCAAGGAUCUGGAGCUGGUCGUCAUGAGCUUAGGGUCAGACGAGCCGGCCAAAAUCAGCCUGAAAGACGUCAUCGACGCCAAGAACAUCACGGAUGUGGCGAAGAUAGCCCUGGUAAUGGACCGCGCCGGGGGCGUCACCGUGUUCGGCACCGGCUCGUCGGAGCUCGUCUCGCAUUAUUUCAACAUCAAGUCCGGUCUUCCCGACAAGUACAAGGCCCCCUGCGGCUACCGGCUGGAGCUGCUCGGCGGCGUCUUACACGCCAGCAUUAUCCACCUGGAUCUGCACGACAUCAUCACCGUCGAGGUGGAGGCGCGCGAGGUGUACAGUGAGUGGCGCGUGGGAGAGGCAGCGCGACCGCGAGCCGUUCGUAACAGCGGCCACGCUGUGCUGGUUGGUUCGAUGGAAAGAAUCAGGCACGUCUGUAAACCAGAUGCAGCCCUGCUUCAUAAAGCCACCACGUGGGCUGUCAAAUGCCAUUAUUGUCGCCACGGAGAAAUAAAUACGCAUACGUUACCGUGUGAUGCGGUCACCGUCUCCAACCGCCCGUUGUUAGGACACGACGAGGGCGAGCCGCUGGCCGAGUACGAGCCGCUGAUCGACCUGGAGCUCAGCAACCCGGACAUCGUGCAGGUGGAGCGGUCGGCCAGCGUGCGCGGCGGCUCGCUGCGGCUGGCGGUCACCGUGCGGCCGCAGUCCUGGACGCUGAGGGGCGUCUGCUCGCUGACGUUCCGGCUGCCGCGCGCCAGCGCCCUCUGCACGGGCACGGCCCGGCUGGUGACCUUCGCCCUGCUGCCCUCGCCCAAUCUCUCCAUCGCCGUCAACACGGCCCGGGGCGCCGACCCCAAGGUGGAGCGGGACGUGCUACGAGGCUUGCACGCCGGCGACCGCAGCUUCAUCGAACUGCCGGUCAACUACCGGCCUCCAUCAGACUUGGGGAUCAACAUCCCCACCUCGGAGAACAUUUAUAACGCCGACCCGAGCCAGCCUAUGGAGCAGGGUAGGUCUUAG